GCGGCGGCCGAGGCCUCGGGGAGCCGGAGAUCCGGGCGCGCACGGGACGGCGGGGACGCUGUGGGCGGGAAAGCGAAGGAGACUCGGCCGGCCCGGGGCUCCGCUCUUGGGGCUACCGGGCCCCUCUUUUGUCUGAGCGAGCUUUAACCGGCCAGCCACGCCGGAGGGCUCGGUGAAGGCCCUGCCGGGUCCGGAACUCGGAGAUCGGCUGCGGGUUAGAGGGAGGAGAGCCGGGUGUCACCGCGUCCCGGGGCCCGCCUGGGUCCCUUCCCCCCCCCCCAUCCCCUCCUUUCCCCGCUUGGGGACCUCGGUGAAGGGAGAGUGGGGGGAGGGGGACCCCGAGUUCCAUGAGAGAGAAAUGGUGGUGGUCGAUUUCUUGGGAUGCGUGGGACUUUUUUUUUUCUCUCUCCCCUCCUCCCUCGUUGGAGAGACUUCGCGGCUGGGAAACACGGCUUUUGGGGGGGAAGGGGGUGGGAAAAGUUGGGGUGUUAUUUAUUUAUUUUUUUUUUCAGACAGGCCGUCCCGCCCCUGGCAGAGUUAAAUCAGUCAGCGUGUGGUGUUGAGUUGCAUUUGGGUGCAAGCUCUCUUCCCCCGCCCCCCCCCACGCACCCCCAAAGUGUGUGGAAACCAGCGUGCCUAGCCCCGGGGGGGGGGGGAGUGAGGGUGGUGGUGCGCGGUGCAAACUGAAAUCGGUAGAACGACACAGGCCUGGGCUUUUGUGUGUGUUUUCGUUCUCACUUUUAUGCUGGCUUCUUCUGGCUUUUCAAUCUGAUUGGACUGUGGAGAGCUCACAUCUGUUCAAAAGGCAGGGGCGCAGCACCGAGCUGCUGAUGGGGGGCGACAGGGAAGGCUCGAUUAUGUUCUCUAUCUUCCCGGACCCUGGUUUUGCUGUCUUCAGUUCAGAUGUCCCUGGUAGAUUUGGGAAAGAAGCUUUUAGAAGCGGCACGUGCAGGUCAAGAUGAUGAAGUUCGUAUUUUGAUGGCAAAUGGCGCUCCUUUUACUACAGACUGGCUGGGAACCUCUCCUCUUCACCUGGCAGCACAGUACGGACAUUACUCCACCACCGAGGUACUACUCCGAGCUGGUGUAAGUAGAGAUGCCAGAACCAAAGUGGACCGAACACCGUUACAUAUGGCAGCUUCAGAGGGCCACGCCAGCAUAGUAGAGGUUUUGCUUAAGCAUGGUGCUGACGUGAAUGCAAAAGACAUGUUGAAGAUGACCGCACUGCACUGGGCCACAGAACACAAUCAUCAAGAAGUGGUGGAACUUUUAAUCAAAUAUGGUGCUGAUGUACACACACAAAGUAAAUUUUGUAAAACUGCAUUUGAUAUUUCAAUAGACAAUGGAAAUGAAGACUUGGCAGAGAUUUUACAGAUUGCUAUGCAGAACCAAAUCAACACAAACCCAGAGAGUCCCGACACGGUGACCAUCCAUGCGGCAACACCACAGUUCAUCAUCGGCCCCGGAGGGGUGGUGAACCUAACAGAUGAAACGGGGGUGUCUGCCGUUCAGUUCGGAAACUCUUCCACAUCAGUAUUAGCUACAUUAGCUGCCUUAGCAGAAGCAUCUGCUCCCUUGUCCAAUUCUUCAGAAACUCCAGUUGUGGCCACAGAGGAAGUGGUCACUGCAGAAUCUGUAGAUGGAGCAAUUCAGCAAGUGGUUAGCUCAGGGGGCCAGCAAGUCAUCACAAUAGUCACCGACGGAAUUCAGCUGGGAAAUCUGCACUCUAUCCCCACCAGUGGGAUAGGGCAGCCCAUCAUUGUGACCAUGCCUGAUGGGCAGCAAGUACUGACAGUACCAGCCACUGAUAUCGCUGAAGAAACAGUCAUAAGUGAAGAGCCACCGGCUAAGAGACAGUGUAUCGAAAUAAUUGAAAACCGGGUGGAGUCCGCAGAAAUAGAAGAGAGAGAAGCUCUUCAGAAACAGCUGGACGAAGCCAAUCGAGAAGCACAGAAGUAUCGGCAGCAGCUUCUUAAAAAAGAGCAGGAAGCAGAGGCCUACAGACAGAAACUAGAAGCUAUGACCCGUCUUCAGACAAAUAAAGAAGCUGUCUAGUUGAAAUGAACACAUAGUUCAAUUUUAAUUUUUGGUCAAGAAAGAAUGCAAUCCGGAACUGCGCCCUCUGAGGGUAGAGUCAUGGAAACCCUGCAGAACAGAGACUACAGAUUAUUGAUAAUUGGACUUAAGCCAUGAGCUCUGAAUUCUUGUAACAUAAAACUUGACUCGAGAACUUGUGAAAUGUAUUUAAAACUGAAUUCUGUAAAUAGUUUUUGUUGGUUUUUUUUUUACAGUUUCAAAUAAGUUGAUAAAGAUUGUUUAAGAGAUCCAAAACCCACAAUAAGUCACUGUUAUUGUGAAUUCUUUUUGAAUUUAGUACAAAAAAAACCUUAAUUUCUCAGAAGCAGAACAGUUUUAAGGGUGAUCGUUGUUGAUUAGACCAAAUGUUAUAUAAUUAUGGUGGACCGAUGCUGAUAAUACUCUUGUAGGUUUAAUCUUCUCGAUGAAGAGAAAACGUCUCCCAGGAAAUCUCCGCACAGCUUUAAGUUGUCUCAGAUUCUCUGAAAACAUUUUUUUUUCUUUUAGAAAGCAAGAAUUUUUUAUAUCUGUUCAAUUUCAUCUAUGCCCAAGUAGAUUGACAUGUAAUAUGAAGCAAAUAUUUUAAAGCUUUUUUUUCUGUUUGUACAUAUUCUGCACGUUUUAUAAUUUCGAAUGCAUCACAUGCAUAAGUAUUUUUUUCCCAUAAAGAUGAUGCAAAUUUCCAGGAAAGAAAAAUACCCUUUUAGUCUAUAGGUCAUUGAAAGUUAAGUAAGCUGGUUUUAUUGGAAUGACAAUGUUCUUCAGAAGGAGCGGCUUACCACAUAAACUUGAAUUUGCAAAUUGCAAAAAAAAAAAGAAAACUAUAUGUUUGUUUUUUUUUUAAUUUCAUUGUGGGGACGUGAACCUGUAUUCUGUGCCUUUCAUCAUGGUUUCCACAUGAAAGCACUUUAAGGCACUGGAUUUUAAAAUAAUGCUUUUGCAAAACUCAAUGCAUAUGGAUUUCUGAAAUAUGUUUCAUGGACAUAUCUUCCUCCCUGGCCCUCCCCCCAGGAAAUUAUUCUUAUGGAAAAAAAAUUUUGGUUUUGUAUGCAGAACAAAACCCUUUUUGUACCACAGUUGGUGUUAGAAAUAAAUCUCCCAUAAAUCUCCCUUUUUCCCUGUCACAGCUCAGUGUGGGACUUGAUCUCAGAAAGUUCUAGACUUCCACAGUAUAUGGACCUUAUGCAGAUUGACUGUUCAUUCUUUUUUGUUUUGUUUUGUAAAACAUACCUUCAAGCUCCUCCCCUUUUUUCUUGCUUUAUUUUUCAAUGUGUUAAUUGCUUUAUGAAAAAUGUUUAACCCUAAAACCCCUCUAGAUUACCUAUGCUGUAUAAAGAAGCAAUUGCCCUUAAAACUGUACUCUGGCCUACUUUUCUAUUUUACAAUUAAAUAUCUUUUCCACAUA